AAUCGCAAAAAUUAAAUAUACUCUAGAUUUCACGAAUUACGAUGACCAAAGAACAGAAGCUGAGUAAAGAAGAUCAAGCAGCUGAAGCUAAUAUUCAAGGAGAUGUCUUAGAAUCAAUUCUCUGUCAUGUUCCUCUCAUCCAUCUCCUCUCAGCUAGCCACGUGUCCAAAUCAUGGAACCACGCCGUCUUCUCCUCUCUUCGCCACUUCAAUAAGCCCAAACCUUGGCUAAUUGUCCACGCUCAGAGCUCACGCCCUCCCUACGCUACCACCGCCUUAGCUUACGACCCACGCUCCAACCUCUGGCUCCGAAUCAACCAAAACCCACCCAUCGAAUACGUCUCAGCUCUCCGUUCGUCCAACUCCACGCUCCUCUACAUGUUGUCUCUCUCUAAAUUCUCCUUCUCUUUCGACCCCCUCCACCUGACAUGGCACCACGUGGACCCACCCCUUGUCUGGCGCACCGACCCUAUCGUGGCCAUGGUGGGCCGCCAAAUCAUCGUCGCUGGAGGCGCCUGCGACUUCGAGGAUGAUCCACUUUCGGUUGAAAUCUACGAUCUCGACACUCGCAAGUGGGAUACGUGUGAGUCCAUGCCAGCAAUCCUCAAAGACUCUGCAGCUUCCACGUGGCUCUCUGUAGCAGCCAAUUCUAAAAAAUUGUACGCCAUGGAGCAAGUUUCUGGUAUUGCGUAUUCUUUUGAUCCGAGCUCCAGGAUUUGGUCGGGUCCGUUCGACCUGCGACAUGAUCAGAACAUUUACUUUUCUGUGAUUGGAAUUUUCGGGGACAAAAUGAUCAUGGUGGGAUUACUUGGAAAUUCCGAGAAUGUUAAAGACGUCAAAAUCUGGGAAUUAAAGGGCGAAUCAUUUAAGUUUUGUAAAGAAAUCGGGGUGAUGCCAAAAGAGUUGGUGGAAAAGCUGAAAGGGAAACAUACAAGUUUAAGUUCAAUAAAAAUAAGUUUGAUGGAUGGUGUUUUGUACAUAUACAACCCUGAAGAGCCUGAGGAAUUGGUGGUGUGUGAGAUUAACGGCGAAGGGGUUUCCCGGUGGGGAAGUUUGAAGAACGCGAAGGUGAGUGAUGGAAGUAGGGUGGCGGAGAGGACGGUGCUUACGUGCGCCGAUGUUGCGUUAGGUGAUUUAGGUAAAGCAGUGGGGUCCGGAAAAGGGGGUUUCAGUAUUGUUAAUAACGGGAUUUUCCAGUGACUUUGUUUUCUAUUCAUGGAUUCAACUGUUUGACCGUGGUGAAUUUGUUGAGCUACCUUUGCUCGUUGCUUUACUUGCUUCCGUUUAAUAAUUUUUUUAUUUUUUAAUAAAAAUAAUUAAAAAAAGUAAAAAUGUCAAAUGAAUAAAAAAUACAAAAUAAAUUAAAAAAAAAAACAUAUCUCUUGUUUGUUUAUCCUUUUACAGUUUUUGGGUAUUUUUGCAAUUGAAUCUUAUUUAUAUUUCAGUUAUAAAUAGUCAUCAAAAUAAAGAAAGAUCUCCAACAGAAUGCAUGUGAUAAUUAUGGUAAUGAAAAAGAUUGUACACUCCAUAU